AUGUCUGGAUGCCGGAGAGUAUACAUACGCCAGAAACCCUUCUACGGUAGUGCUCUUCAUGUAGCUGUUAAUCGAGGCUCCGCUAAGUGUUCACAGUAUUUGCUCGAUGCCGGUGCGGAUCCGAACGUGACUGGUCAGCAUGGAAGGACACCACUUCACUAUGCCAGUGAGCAUGGUCGUAUCGACUGUAUGCGGCAUCUACUAGACAGCAAAGCCGAUCCAAACCAACGUGAUGCGGAUAAACGGACUCCACUUCACUAUGCCACUAUUGAGAACAAGACCGACUGCGUUCUGCAUCUACUGCAAGCCGGAGCUAAUCCAGAUCAAGGAGAUAAGCAUGGAAGGACACCACUUCACUAUGCCAGUGAGCAUGGUCGUAUCGACUGUAUGCGGCAUCUACUAGACAGCAAAGCCGAUCCAAACCAACGUGAUGCGGAUAAACGGACUCCACUUCACUAUGCCACUAUUGAGAACAAGACCGACUGCGUUCUGCAUCUACUGCAAGCCGGAGCUAAUCCAGAUCAAGGAGAUAAGGAGGGAAAGACACCACUUCACUAUGCCAUUGAGCGGGGUCGUAUCGACUGCAUGCGGCAUCUACUGGACAGCAAAGCCAAUCCAAACCAACCUGACGAGGAUAAACGGUCGCCACUUCACUAUGCCACUAUUGAGAACAAGACCGACUGCGUUCUGCAUCUGCUGCAAGCCGGAGCUAAUCCAGAUCAAGGAGAUAAGGAGGGAAAGACACCACUUCACUAUGCCAUUGAGCGGGGUCGUAUCGACUGCAUGCGGCAUCUACUGGACAGCAAAGCCAAUCCAAACCAACCUGACGAGGAUAAACGGACUCCACUUCACUAUGCCACUAUUGAGAACAAGACCGACUGCGUUCUGCAUCUACUGCAAGCCGGAGCUAAUCCAGAUCAAGGAGAUAAGGAGGGAAAGACACCACUUCACUAUGCCAUUGAGUGGGGUCGUAUCGACUGCAUGCGGCAUCUACUGGACAGCAAAGCCAAUCCAAACCAACCUGACGAGGAUAAACGGUCGCCACUUCACUAUGCCACUAUUGUGAACAAGACCGACUGCGUUCUGCAUCUACUGCAAGCCGGAGCUAAUCCAGAUCAAGGAGAUAAGGCAGGUUAUGGAACAGCAAUUUCAAUAUACUCUGCUAAUGCAUUUCUUGAAAACUAA